AUUUUAUAUUUACUCUUGACUGGAAGGCAGAAAGCCUGGCAAUAUUCAUACCUCUUAUGUUGUCAUUUUAGUGUCAUUCUGUAAGAUCGCUUUCUGAUGUUGUUUUUGUCCUUUCUCUCUCAGGCUUGUGUCCUGUGUGCUGACCUCAUGGUGUAAGCAGGUGUGAAGAUGAGUAUUAGCAGCGAUGAGGUCAACUUCCUGGUGUAUAGAUACCUGCAGGAGUCAGGGUUUUCCCACUCUGCCUUCACAUUCGGCAUUGAGAGCCACAUCAGUCAGUCUAACAUCAACGGAGCCCUAGUGCCCCCUGCUGCCCUGAUCUCCAUCAUCCAGAAGGGCCUGCAGUACGUGGAGGCAGAAGUCAGCAUCAAUGAGGACGGCACACUGUUUGAUGGGCGGCCAAUUGAAUCUCUGUCCUUGAUCGACGCGGUGAUGCCCGAUGUGGUACAGACCCGGCAGCAGGCAUACCGAGACAAACUGGCUCAGCAACAGGCCGCCGCAGCGCCCUCUGCAACCAGCACCAACAUGCAGGGUAACCCCAAAAACGGAGAGAACACCGCAAACGGAGAAGAGAACGGUGCUCACGCCUUACCGAAUAACCAUGCAGACAUGAUGGAGGUGGACGUGGAUGUGGAGAUCCCUCAGAAUAAAGCCAUGGUCCUGAGAGGUCACGAGUCUGAGGUCUUCAUCUGCGCAUGGAACCCCGUCAGUGACCUGCUCGCCUCUGGGUCUGGAGACUCAACGGCACGUAUCUGGAAUCUGAGUGAGAACAGCAGUAGUAGCUCUACACAGCUUGUCCUGAGGCACUGCAUACGGGAAGGAGGCCAAGAUGUGCCCAGCAACAAAGACGUCACAUCGUUAGACUGGAACAGUGAAGGUACACUAUUAGCAACAGGCUCCUAUGAUGGCUUUGCAAGAAUAUGGACUAAAGAUGGUAAUCUGGCCAGUACCCUGGGGCAACAUAAAGGUCCAAUUUUCGCAUUAAAAUGGAACAAAAAAGGAAACUUUAUCCUCAGCGCCGGUGUUGAUAAGACAACAAUCAUUUGGGAUGCUCACACAGGGGAAGCCAAACAGCAGUUUCCGUUUCAUUCAGCACCCGCUCUGGACGUAGACUGGCAGAGUAACAACACGUUUGCCUCCUGUAGCACAGACAUGUGCAUCCAUGUGUGCAAACUGGGCCAGGACCGACCCAUUAAGACAUUCCAAGGACACACAAAUGAAGUUAAUGCAAUCAAAUGGGAUCCGACUGGCAACCUGCUGGCGUCGUGUUCUGAUGAUAUGACUCUCAAGAUCUGGAGUAUGAAACAGGACACUUGUGUUCAUGAUUUGCAAGCUCACAGCAAAGAAAUCUACACUAUAAAAUGGAGCCCCACAGGUCCAGGAACCAACAACCCCAAUGCCAAUCUAAUGCUGGCCAGUGCUUCCUUUGACUCCACUGUUCGGCUUUGGGACGUAGAUCGAGGCAUCUGCAUCCACACACUAACCAAACACCAGGAGCCCGUGUACAGCGUGGCCUUCAGCCCGGACGGACGCCAUCUAGCCAGCGGCUCUUUCGACAAGUGUGUCCACAUCUGGAACACACAGACUGGUGCUUUAGUCCAUAGCUACAGAGGGACUGGGGGCAUUUUUGAAGUUUGCUGGAAUGCAGCAGGAGACAAAGUAGGAGCAAGUGCGUCGGACGGCUCUGUUUGUGUAUUAGACCUGCGGAAAUAGCGCUGCUUGCUGGAAGCCAUGGACCGACUAUGAAUGUGUACAUAGCCAAAAUGACUGUCCCUGACCCUCAAACUGCUACAGUCCCUAGUGAACCAUGGCCAGCCACUACAGACAAACAAACACAAGCACCCUGAUGCCACGGGCAGAGCGCAGAGGAUGUGAUUCCAACCAGAGACAUUCAAAUGACUUUUGUAAGGUGGGAAAAAAACAAAAAAAACAAUAUAGCCGCGGAAGAAGAAAGACAAGAGGACAGGUGUAUGUACCAAAUUUGGAAGAUAUUUUACUAUUUGUUCUUCAAAACCAAUCUCAUCAAAAUAAACGAACGAAAGGAUUUUAAUCUUUGUUGGUAGUUUCCGUUUCAGUAUGCAGACAUAUCAAGCGUUUCAUUUUCCUCCCCUCUCUUUCUUUCACACAUUUGAUUUGACGUCUGUUUGAUUCCAGGACUCAUGUUUUCCUCCGUUUGACACAAGUACAGUUAUUUAGACUUUUGGUACUGGAUGUUUUGUGAUUUCAACAGUGUGGGGACAUGAAAAAAAAAUCUAUUUUCAAUCUUUUCUUGUUAUUCGGUUUUAGUUUUUAUGCUAUGGUGUAAUUGUUGUCCCCCCCCCCAAAUGAGGUACAUUAACCACAAAACACACAUACAAAAAACAAAACAAAACAGGCAUGCACAUCUUCAGGAAAUACAUACAUUCACUCAUACUAUAUUUAGUUCCCCUUAAAAUUACCACCAACAAUUCCAUUCCUCAGGUCGAGACGUUUGAGCAGCCGAGGACCAUUUAACAUGCAGAUUAAAACAAAAGACUUGCUUUAGGUUUGCAGUAUUUCGAAUUAAACAUUUUAAUAACUGGAUUAUUUACUUUGUCUCGCAACUCCAGACAGUUAAAAAUACAUGACAUUAAACUAGCAUGUUUUUUUUUAUUUUAUUUUUUUAUUGGAGAACUGAAAACUUAAAGCAAGUCUGAUGCUCAGAACAUUGAACAAACAUCUAAAUGCCAUUAUUUAAAUGCUUUUGAAGGUAAAACGACAUUUUGGGAUUUUCUGCACUACCAUGUGAGAUGCUGAUGUUCAUUUACAGUAGUUGCAUGCAUGAGGACAGUCUAUACUAAUGUGCUUUUGGUUUUUCUCAGUGUUUAGACAUUAAACUUCAAUUGAGGGGAAAUAGUAGUCGCAGACCCAAAGAGUGCAAAAGUCUGUCUCUGUCCAAUGAUAGAGGCUCUGAAUCUCUUUUUCCUCCCCCAGAAAGAUAUUUUAGGACAUCACACGAUGUUUAACCUUGAAUUUUAAACAAGGGUGUGGUAUUUAGUCUGUAUAAACUGGUUAAAAAACACACCUGAACAAUAUUUAUUACAGCCUACGACAACAGAAGGGUUUUUGCUCUUCUCUGACAUCGCCCCAGCGUCUGUCUGCCUGCCUGCCCACAGCAACCUUCAGUUCCCCAGUGUCAUUUCUAAUCAUUAUUCUUACUGCGUCUGUGUCUCCUGGACUUUUUGUACUCUUUUAAAACUUUUGUAAUUCAUAUUUCUUUGUAGCUAUAAAAAGAGUAAAGAAAUAGGCAAAAAAGAGAAAAAAAAAAAAGAAACCCCAACAAACUACCAGAGGUCGGUUUGAGGGUGUACAGCGUAGACCUCAGUUUUGCUCACUCUGAGUCCCACGUGUUCUCAGAUGUCCCCACACCUGACCUUUGUUUCCCCAGUCAAACGUUUUUGGUUGCAAAAAUUCCCCCUUGCAUUGCAUUGAUCUUGUCAUUUGAAUCAGAUCUGAAGUCCAAAAUAAAGUAUAUUUUGAUAUUA